CGGCGCAAGUGUCCAGAACUCUGAGUCGGUACAAAGCAUGGCCCAUGUAGACCAGAGAUGGUGAAGACACAAAUAUUACUUGCAGAACCCAGUAUCUAAUGAGGGAGAUAGGAAAAGCCUGGUCAUAGCACACAUUUCUGCAACCUGGUUGUUCUGUAUUGCAGAUGAAACCAGACUGCUCAUCAUUCCAGACAUCUUCAGCUGCUAUGCCCAGAACAAGCAUGCGAAAUAUGAACAAGAUGAGAGGAGUCUCCAGUAGCCUAUCCUCCAUUGCUCUUGUAAACGCCCCUGACCUCUGGGUCCAAGAGGAAGAUACUGGGUACCCCAGAAGCCAGAAAUGGAGUCUGUGAGCUUUGAGGAUGUUGCUGUGAACUUCACCUCUGAGGAGUGGGCUUUACUGGAUCCUUCCCAGAAAAGACUCUACAGAGAUGUGAUGUGGGAAAUCUUCAGGAACCUAACUGCUUUAGGAAAAAUACAGGAAGACCAGAACAUUGACUAUGACUACAGAAAUUCCAGGAGAAAUAUAAGAAGUCAGGUGCUCAGGAGACUCUGUGAACAUAGCGAGGAAGGUGAAGAAGUCUUUAGCCAGAUUCCAGAUCCUGUUGUGAAUGAGACUCCUCCUGGAGUAAAACUGUGUGGAAGCCAUGUGUGUGGUGAUGUCCUUAUUGGUCAUUCAACCCUAAGUGUGCCUAUCACUGUUCAGACUGGACUUGAGUCUUAUGAAUAUCAGGACUAUGACAAGAAUCUGUAUAAACGUAGGGAAUAUGGGAAAGCUGUUAGUUAUCCUAAAUGCUUUGUGAAGCAUGAACCAGCUCAUUCUGAAGAGAGAUCACCCAAACAUAUAGAAUAUGAGAAAGCCCUAAGGAGCCACAAUUAUAGUCAAAUACAUGAAAAAAAUGACCAUAAAGAGAAAACAAAUGUGUGUAACCAGAGUGGUGGAGUCUUGUCUCGUCCCAGUGUCCCUCAGUACCAGGAAGGAAUUCACGCUGGAGAGAAGCCCUAUGUGUGUAAACAGUGUGGGAAAGCCUUUUCUUUUUUGAGUAGCAUUCGAAGACACGAACGCGCGCACACGGGGGAGAAACCCUAUGUGUGUAAGCAAUGUGGGAAAGCCUUCAGUCACUUGACUAAUUUUCAGCAACAUGAACGUACUCACACAGGAGAGAAACCUUAUGUGUGUAAGCAAUGUGGGAAAGCUUUCACCUAUUACAAUUCCUUUCAAACACAUAAAAGGAACCACACUGGAGAGAAACCCUAUUUAUGUAAGCUGUGUGAUAAAGCCUUUACUAGUCGCACUUCCCUUCGAUAUCAUGAGAGCAUUCACAGUGGAGAGAAACCCUAUGUGUGUGAGCAAUGUGGGAAAGCCUUCCCUUGUACCAGUUCCAUUCGAAGACAUGAAAGGACUCACACGGGAGAGAAACCCUUUCUGUGUAAACAAUGUGGCAAAGGUUUCAGCUCUUCCAGUUCCUUUCGAAUACACGAACGAACUCACACUGGAGAAAAACCCUAUAAAUGCAAGGAAUGCGGUAAGGCCUUCACAGGUCACAGUUCCCUUCGUUGCCAUGAAAAAAUCCACAGUGGAGAGAAACCUUAUGAAUGUAAGCAAUGUGGAAAAGCUUUUUCUUCCUUGAGUAAUUUUAGAAGACAUGAACAAAUACACACUGGUGAGAAACCCUAUGUGUGUAAGCAGUGUGGGAAAGCCUUCACUUGUUCUGGUUCCCUUCAGAAACAUGAAAGGACUCACAGAGUAGAGAGUUCUAAAAUAGAAUGUGAGAAUGCCUCAUUGUCACAUGAUCUUUCUAGCAAACAUAGCAGUACAGAAGAAAGAGAAUUACAAUCGGUGUAAAGUGUUGAGCAUGCCUCUGAUCAUCUUACAGAAUUCACAAACUAAAAAGGGCCUACUGUGGUAAGAGGAGAUGUGCAGAAGUCUUUGGUCAGGCCAUACCUAAGAGUUCAUCCAGGUUAAAAACCUUGUGACCAUUAAAAACAACGUUCUGGAAAAUUCCUCCUUUGAUGGAAUCCUACUGAUAAGUUUUAUGAAGAGCUUGAUGCAAAAUAAUUUCUGUAGACUACUCUAGAAAUUGUUCAAACUGAAAAAUAUGUUCUAAAAGUUAGAAGUAUAUUGUGUUUACUAGUGAGUCAUUCUUAAAAUAGACUCCUGAACUAUAGAUUGUUUUGUUUCAUUGGGAUUUGAAUUUAGACUAUAUUUCUAAUUUUCACCCUUUAAAAGAAGUGUUAAAGUAACCUUUAAGGCUUAAGUAAUAGGACAAGAGGUAGCAUCCUUUUUAGUCAUUGGGUAGCAACUUUGUUCUUUUAUUUUUAGCCAUUUUGGCUCCAUGCAUAAAUCAAAAUGUAUUUCUAAUAAGCCAGGAGACUUAACUUUUUUAAUAUCUUUAAAAUAAUUGUGGUUAAUGUGCCACUAAAAAUUAAUUUUUGUUGAUUGGUAGGAUUUUCCUAUUAGGCAUAUGUGGCAGAUUCCAAUGUAUUUAUAUAAUUUCUUUGUUACCAUUCUUUUUUCAUCACUGUGACUGAUUACAUGAGAGAAACAACUUGGGAAAAAAUUGUUUUGCUCAUGGUUUCAGAGGUAUCUAUUCAUCAUGGUAGAACAAGCAGUUCAUAUGACAAAUAGGAGCAAAGGAGUGCCUGUAUAGGAAGCAGCCAAGGCAAGAUAAAGCCCCAAAGGACAUCCCUUUAGUGACCUACUCCCUCAACCGAGGUCCCCACCUCCUAGUAAUGACACCAUAUCAUAAACUCAUUGAGGCGUGAGUUCAUUCAUUGGAUCCAGAGCCCUAAUUGGAUCCAGAUCUAAUCAUCUCUGGAAAUGUUAAUGCAAACACCAAGAAGUGUGCUUUACCAAUCUUAGGUAUCUUUAAAUCCAGUCAAGUUUACAAUGAAAAUCAUCACAGUCUUUUUUCAGAUCCACUGAUGUUUAUUAUGUAGAUUUUGUAUCUUUUACUGUUCGUGGUAUAUUUUCUUGAAGAUUUUUGUACAUGUUUUUAGGAAGUUUUUGAACUGUUUUAACCAAUGUUGUCUUUUUCAUUAACUGAGAAAGUAUCUGCAAAUACUCUCCCCCAUGUUUAUAAAUUAGAUCAAGUUUGCCAAAUUUUUCCUUUCAGGCUAAGAGUGAUUAUUAUACUGUGUGCUAACAA